CCCCAGACACAGGCUGUGGUUUCAAGUGGAAAAUGUCACUGGGCACUAUAAAGAAGAGAGGUGUGCGAAUAAGGAGACAGAGGGAUGAGUGACAGAAAGAGAGAGAGGGAGGGAGUGAGGGAGAUUGCAUAAGAGAGCGAGAUAGAGAUGUGCGAGUAGAAAGCAAGAGGGACAGAAAGAGACAGAAGAGAGAGGAAAUCUUCUGAAAUCGUCAGUCCAGUAAAAGGAAACGACAAUGUGUUUUCUCUCUGGGACCCCCUGCUACCCUUAACAACCAAGACUCAUGAGUCGUAUUGUGGUCAUAGCAAUGAAGAUCCUGUGGUCCUUACACGUCCUGGUGCUUCUGUUUUCAGUGGAGUCAAUGCACCUUCACAAAGGCUCGCAAGGACUCUUCUGCUUGAAUGACUAUGUCAACAAUGUGAGCUGCACGUGGAACGGCUCGGUGGCUCCUGGUGUGGACUGUUGGAUCUCUGGUGUGUUGAAAACUAGGGAUCAAGGUGCAAGACCAUACAACAUAAUUCAAACCUGCAAGCUGAAACAACACAGAAACUCUCCUCCAGGCUGCAGUUUUGUCUUUAAAGGCAAAAUAUUCAACCAAUAUAAACGCCUGCCCAUCCGUAUGGAGUGCAAUGGUACGCUGGUGGAGAACCUCACAGACUAUACCCCACAUGAUCACGUCAAAAUGCAUCCUCCAGGUGUUCCCAAAGUCAACCUCACUGCCAAUGAGACAUGGAUAUCAUGGAGUGCAGGCAGUCCUGUAUCCUACUUCAUCACAGCCUUCGACUUCGAAGUUCAGAUCACGCAGAAAAACCAGGCAUGGAAGGAUGCCAUAACUCUGAAUACACAAGAUCUUGAGCUAAAAACGCCUUCUUGGAAACUAAAGGGGCACUGCCAGGUCAGGGUGAGAGUGCGCCAAGCUAAAAAGCCAAACAGCCACUGGAGCAACUGGAGUCCAGCAACAUCCUGGGUAGGAGCAACGGACAUGGUGGGAACAUUACAGGAUCAAGAUUGGUUUCUGGAUCAGACAUCCCUGAUAAGGUGGGGAGUGAUGUUCAUCUUCGGUCUCAUCCUUGUUGUAAUGCUGGUCCUUUACAAGAGCUGCAUGAACAGAAGGCUCCACAGAGGGAAACCAUUACCAAACCCUUCAACAUACUUCCACACGCUCCACUCUGUCCACGGAGGAAAUCUAAAGAAAUGGCUGAAUCCUCUGUCAGCUCCUGAAUCAUUCUUCAGAGUCCAACAAUGCGACCAAAUUUCUCCCGUUGAGUUAUGUGAAAGUUCUGAUGUAGUCACAUCCAGCGCCGCCUUCACCAGCGCUGUACGUCACUUCAAGAGCUACCCCUCGACGGGCUCAGACACCAGCGGGGUCGUUGACAAUUCCUCCUCGUCCUCUUCAUCCUGCUUCUCUAACAUGGGCUACUUCAUGUCCAGCUCCUCCAGCAGCUCAGCUCGAACCGACCCCAAUCCUGCCUACUUCACCUAUCAGGACGAUUUCCACAAUCUGCAUAACAGCCGCAACCUUCACCUCUCCCUCUGCCCCAUCUUCACCUCCUCUGCAACCUAUGAGAGCUUGAAGAGGGAGCCGCAGAGCCCGGACUCUGGCUUUGGCAUCGGAAAGGAAGAUGAAGAUGAUAGUGAAGACAAAAGCGCUGUGGAUUUUGAAGGGGAAGAGGUUUUAAAAGAAUGCUCUCCUCUUUUUAUCCUCCCUCUCCAUCUUCCUUCCCGGAUGCCCCCACCCUCCUCUCCUUCACCCCCUCCUUACACCCCCAGUCUAACUCAGGUAUCCUCUGACAGCCAGCCAGUAGAUGCACCUGUGGCAGGUGCUGGUGAGAGCUAUGCGGCCUGGCCUUUGGCCGGUGCCAUGUGCAGGUCUUCCUCCAUGCCUGUGGAGCCCGGUAAAACAGGGUAUCUGACCCUGAAAGAGCUACAGACGACAUUCAGUAAUAAAUCCAUCUGAAAACUUGUAAUGUAUCUGGAAUACAUUCAUCAUUUUAAAUUCAAUGUGUUUACAUCAUAAGCAAACUGACUGAUUGUUUAUGUCAAUGAGAUUGUGGAUGUGAGCAUCUCCAACAGAAUAUAUUGAGUUCUUGUUCAGUUCUGACUAAAAAAAACAAAUGCUUUUUUUUUUACAGAUUCCAGGAUUUUUAUGCUUUAAACCUAUAUUAACUCCUUUUUGGUCACCUAGGGGAAGAGUAACAAGCUGAACACACGCGUAACAUAAUAUCAGCCUAUUAAGUUUUUAUGGUGAAUGUGUUAACAAACAGUUGCCCGUUUACACAUUCAACAGACACUGAGCUAUACUAGCCUUGAAUCAAGUUUCUGGCCACUUGAUGUAUGUAAGUCCAACAUUCAUAGUCUCCCAAGGGAAAUAUCUAUAUAAUAAAUAAUGUGAAGUGUAAAGUGUUUAAUGAGAACAGCGAGAGUGAACCAAAGCGGUAAAUUCACGGAAAUCCAAAAUAAUGAACAUAAACUCUCCGUAGAGCUGAAGGAGGGGCAGAGUCGGGUGAUCAUUCUGAGCUACUACAUCUAAAGUAGCGACAGGUAGUCAUUUGAUCAAUUGUACAUAUACAUCAUUCUAAUCAGCUUAUGUAGCAGGAAUUUGUCUUUGAGAGUUUCAAAAAUGCUGUUUAUAGAUGUAUAGGGUCAUUAUUUAGCUGAUUCACACUGUAUAUAGAAUAGUGUACCUCAUUACUGACUCCAAACAAGUACUUUAAACAAUCUAUUUUUUUCUUUCGUUGCGCUUUAUUUGCAUUAAUGUUGAAGUACAUAUAAAAUAACAUUGCAAAGCAAAGCAUGAAAGUAGACAUUACUUUAAACUAAAUGCUACUAAUGGUAAUGAUAUUAAUGGCACUGUCUAUAAAAAGAACAGGAGUUUGCUUUUUACUACUUUAACCUAAAUCUUACAAAGACAUAUGUUGUGAGAGCUCUUUUGAACUACUAAUAUCAUUAUAUAAUAACAAGGAAAAUUUUGCUAAAUACAAAUUCUGCAUUCCUGUAGGCAGAUCUGUGAUUUUGAAAGCACUGAAACAUGAUUUAAAUGUGCUCUGAUUAUAUAAUUAGUAACAAAUUAAGAGCAUGUGAGUGUGACUCUCCCGUCGAAUCAUGAGAGGACAGUGUAGUGAAUGAUGUCUGUUAUCGCUCACACAAUCUAAGAUGAAGUUUAAGGGUAUGAAACUAACCAACCCUGCAGCAACAUUCAAGCAUUAAAGCAUUGUUGACUUUAGUCUUUACUGACACUGUCACAAGUAAGGCAGCUGGUUUGCCGCUGAUGUUUUUGUUAGUCAAUCUCAUUUGUUUGUACAUCUUUAUGAAUGAUUCCAUGUUGUUAAAGAGAGCAACACCUUUAGUUAUCAAUAAUCAUUAUAUCAGAAACAGAUCAUCCAACCUACAAUAUAGCUGCACCUGGUAAAGUUUACUUUCUUCCAGAAAGAAUUGUGUCUUCAUGCCAUAACUGAUUUAGUGUAAUAUUUAUCAGAUUGCUAUUUCUAGAUUUAUGUAAACCUUUGAGGUCGCUGAUACAUGUUGCUGCUCUUGUCUCUACACAUGCAGUAUAUUUCCGUUGCACUCAGUGACAUCUGUGCAGAGACCAAACAAAAUAAAACCUCUGAUAGA